CUCAGAGUGACAGUCAUCACUGCCUCCGCCCAGAGUCAAGUCCCGGAUUUCCAUGCCGGCUUGGUCAGACUGAGGUGAACCGCCCUGCUUGAGAGCCAUGUUGCUAUGGUCCAUGUGGAGUGCAGUUCUGCUGCUGACUUCAGCGUCGUCUGCAGAGGAGGAGGAAGAUGUCAGGGCAGGUUGCAGCACGGCGGUAAAUGAUCUGGUCUACAUCGUUGACGGCUCAUGGAGCGUGGGUUUUGGAGACUUCGACACAGCGAAGCAGUGGCUCAUCAACAUCACCAGCCAGUUUGACAUCAGCUCUCAUUACACACAGGUUGCUGUAAUCCAGUACAGUGACACCCCCCGUCUGGAGAUUUCUCUGGGGCAUCACCAGAGUGGCGCUGAACUCAUCCAAGCCAUUAGGAGCGUCAAAUACAUGGGAGGAAACACACAGACGGGCAGAGCAAUCAAGUUUGCAGUGGACCACGUGUUUCCAUCCUCCCAGCGAGCCAGUAAAGUCAAGAACCGCAUUGCUGUGGUGGUGACCGAUGGCAAGUCUCAAGACGAUGUGGUGGACGCCAGCAUGGAGGCGCGAGCUCAAGGCGUCACAGUGUUUGCAGUCGGAGUUGGCAGCGAGAUCACGACCUCGGAGCUUGUGUCUAUUGCCAAUAAGCCGUCAUCCACCUAUGUCCUGUAUGCAGAGGACUACACCAACAUUGAGCGUAUUCGAGACUCCAUGGAACAGAAGCUUUGUGAAGAGUCUGUGUGUCCAACAAGAAUUCCGGUCGCAUCUCGAGACGAAAAAGGCUUUGAGCUGAUGCUGGGUUUGAACAUCCUGUCGAAGUCGGAAAAAAUACCUGGCUCCCUGCUCACAGAGACGGCCUACAUGCUCUCUACCUCCACUGAUAUUACUGAGAAGACCAGGGAGAUCUUUCCGGAGGGCCUCCCACCAUCAUAUGUCUUUGUCGCCACCAUACGACUGAAAGGAGCCUCCGCAAAGUUGACCUAUGACCUGUGGAGGGUCCGGUCAAAGGAUAAGGAGGUCCAGGUUGCCGUCUCGCUGAGCGGAAGAGACAAAACGGUCGUCUUCACUGCGACAAGUCGAAUGCGGAGGCAGCAGAGAGUUGUUUUCAGAGACUCUUUUCAGAGUCUUUAUGAUGGAAAGUGGCAUCAGCUCAAGCUUCUGGUCCGGCCGGGCCAAGUCACGGGUUUCCUUGAUGAUGAACUGAUCCAGGAAAUGUCCCUGGAUCCCGUGGAGCCAAUUUACAUCAACGGAGAGACGCAGGUGGCCAAGAAGAGAGGAACAGACAUCACUGUGCCUGUGGAAAUUCAAAAGUUGCGUCUGUACUGUGACCCCCACCAGAGUGAGCGGGAGACGGCGUGUGAGAUAUACUCAGUGGACGAUGAAAGGUGUCCGUUGAAUCGAACAGCCACUGAGGAAGAGGAGGACUGCAACUGUGUGUUUGUCGGGCCACCAGGUCUACAGGGGCCUCCGGGGAACAUGGGUUCUCGGGGUGAGAAGGGCAAUAGAGGAGCACCGGGAGCUGUAGGCAGGCCUGGCAAAAACGGGAAACCUGGAGAUUCUGGGCCGCCUGGUCUUCCAGGGGUGAAGGGAGAAGAUGGUCCACCAGGUGCAAAAGGGGAACGUGGACUAACAGGAGACAAGGGAGAGACAGGAGAUCCAGGAUUUCAGGGAGAACCAGGAGCCCCAGGCCCGAAAGGUGUUCGUGGCGAAAGAGGGGAGCAAGGACCCGUCGGGCAGCCUGGACUGAGGGGGGAUCCAGGAGUGCCAGGCCCAAGUGGACUCAUUGGAACACCAGGACAGAAGGGAGAUCCUGGACCGAUCGGUGCCGCUGGGGCGCGAGGAUCGCCGGGUGCUCCCGGACCGCCCGGAAAAGCCGGACUGGAGGGACCCCAGGGAGAGCAAGGGUCUCCAGGUCCUCCAGGUCCACCCGGAUUAAAGGGGCCUCUGGGAGUUCAGGGUCCUCGAGGGCUGCCAGGGGAGCUGGGUCGAGAGGGACCCAAGGGCAAGUGUGGUGACCCAGGUGCUGCUGGUCCUUUUGGUCCACCAGGUGAAAAAGGUUCAACCGGUGAGUCUGGAUUACCAGGGCUGCCCGGUUCUGCUGGGCUACCAGGGUUUAAAGGUCAUAGAGGAGAGACAGGGGAGACGGGUCCGAAAGGAAAACAGGGGGAGCGAGGCAGAGAUGGAAAUCCGGGUGAUCCUGGUGUACCUGGUGAAGUGGGACCCAGGGGAAGCAAAGGAGAGCGAGGGGUGUCAGGUGAAGUCGGCCCCAGAGGGCCUGAGGGGAAAAAAGGCGACAAGGGCCACACAGGACACGUUGGAAUCGUGGGUCCCAGGGGAUUCCCGGGCGAAGAUGGAUUGCCUGGCCAACCGGGGCAACCUGGAUAUCCUGGAAAACCUGGCAAGCCUCCCUCCGACGAGCACCUGCUGAAGCUCUGCUCGGAUGUGCUGCGCAACCAACUCCCAGUGCUGCUUCAGACUUUGGCACCUCCUGCAAGCUGCGAGCCAUGUCACAGUGUGAAGGGGCCCCCAGGUCAACCAGGAGCUCCAGGACCCAAAGGAUCAAUGGGAACCCCAGGCUACCCUGGACGGACUGGGACUCCAGGUUACCCGGGCCCCCCAGGAAUGCAAGGAUCUGCUGGACUCAAAGGUGACAUGGGACCAAGAGGGCUCAAGGGUGGCAAAGGAGAGGGCUACCAAGGACCUCCAGGACCCCCUGGACAGCCAGGGGUUCAGGGUCCUCGUGGCUUCGACGGAAUUGGCCAUCCUGGAAACCAGGGAAUUCCUGGGAAGCCCGGCCCCCCCGGAGAUCCUGGUAAAAGGGGAUAUCCUGGAGUACCAGGCGUGUGCGACGCGUCAACCUGUUAUCAGACCUACGACUUGAGGGAACAUUACAGCAAAGGCCCUAAUGUGUGAUGACACGGCAGCGUGGGAGAGGUUGCUCCCGGUUUCGACACCCAUAUUUUCGGAGGAUGUGAUUUACUGUGUCGCAGAUGAACAUGUGUGACGGUGCGCACGGAUCGUGUGGAGCACAGCUGCACUCGAGGCAGAAAUAAACUCAUUAAGAUGAGCUGAACUGAAACGGGCUGGGGAGGGAAUCGUGGCCGUGGAAUCCAUGAUCAAAGAUGGUCGCUCUUAGCAGACUAGGAGCUAACUUGGAUGCUGUACACUUUUAUCUCCUAAUGGCAGGUCUAAACAGUGGGCGCUAAUCUGGAGAAAAACAGAUUAGCCUUUUAAAUUGUAGCAUAUGAGGAUUUAAGAAACAUUUGACAUUAAACCAGCUACCUCUUAACCUCUUUGAAAGCCUGAUCGAAAUAACUUAAAUUGUUUGCGUGAACGUUGAGAAAUUGCCUUUGAAUUCAAUAUAUUUCAGGGUACAUUAGCAAAAUGUAGCUCUGUUUAAUUCCCAACAUAUAUUUUGAUCACAUGACACAAACACACAUGCUCUCAUUCCAAGACAGCUGUAAAUACAAGCAAGGAAGUGAAAAUAUUCAAGAAUAGGACAGACCCUAUAUUCAACAGAAGUAAACCAUGUAGCAUCUGAAGAGGCGGAAAUGAAGCACCACUUACUUAUUUAAUUUUUUUUCCAGUUUGAGAGGCCAAAGGUCUUGUUGGGAGUGUGAGUGGACUUUGGUAUAACGUGUUCAAUGUUUUU